CCUCUUGGCAAUUAUAGUUGUUCUUACCCUUGGCUUGUGUUCUAAUUAAAGUCGUUCUGUCUCCAUAGUUCCGUAAUAAUUUCCUUUUUCGUCAAGUAUCCAAUCGUUUUCUUUAAUACAUCUUAUUCUCUUCACCUAUUUUAUCGCAACAGUUUUGAGUUUCAGAUAGAACCUUUUUCUUCAGUGUCUCGUGACAUUUGGUAAUAUAUCCAAUAAAAAAUUAUUGUUAGUGACUGAUUGUCAGUGGAGAGAGUAAUUUUGCCGCGUGAUAAAAUCCACAAUCAGAUAUCAGCUGCUCACCAAUGAGUGAGGGGAGCAGUGCUUGGCAAAGACAAAACCGUGGAACACGAGCAACAAACCGACAUUGUUUUACCUCAUCUGGAAGGUACCUGCCAGUCUUACCUUGGACCCCAAUUUCCUACGAAUCAUCGAUCACGGAGCACUUUAGAAUCGCAGGAUUCAGCCAUGGGGCUCGACUUCCUGGCAGACGGAGGUGCAGACUUCGAGCAUGCCAUCACCGUUACAGGUUUCGGCAAAUUCCACUACAUGCUGCUAGCCAUUUGCGGUCUGAUUUAUAUGGACACUGCAAUUGGAGUGACAAUUCUAUCAUUUGUUCUCCCGGCAGCACAAUGCGACCUUCAAAUGGAUUCAACGUCCAAGGGUUGGCUCACCGCAUCACCCAUGCUAGGGAUGGUGAUAGGAUCCUAUUUUUGGGGGUGCCUGGCUGAUACAAAGGGCCGCAAAAUUGUUCUGAUUGCCACAUUAAUGAUGGACGGAAUAGUAGGAGUAAUUUCCUCUUUUGUUCAACACUUUUGGGUUUUCCUGAUCCUCAGGUUUUUCAACGGGUUUGCGGUAACUGGAGCAAUGGGAAUAUGCUUCCCAUAUUUGGGUGAAUUUCAACCAACGAAAUAUCGUGAAAAAAUUCUCUGCUGGAUGGAAAUGUUCUGGACAAUUGGAGUCAUAGCUUUACCACUUAUUGCAUGGAUAAUUGUACCACUUGAUCUUCCCCCUACUUCUAUUGACUUUAAAUUUAAGUCUUGGAAUCUCUUUGUAGCCUUAUGUGCUUUUCCUUCUCUCAUUUUAUCACUUUGGCUCUUUGCUUUCCCUGAAAGCCCAAAAUUUCUUCUUGAAUGCGGAGAGACUGAUAAAGCUUUGAAAGUGUUCAAGUGGAUCUAUGCACAAAAUACUGGAAGUGACCCUGAUUCAUAUCCUAUUAAAUCUCUCCAAGAAAAAAAGACCAAUCCAAAAGACAAGAGCACACGAUCUUUAAGGCUGCAUAAACGUAAAGAUCUUAAGGUUCUUUGCUCGGAAGUCUGGGAACUGACAAAAUCUCUUUGCAAACCUCCUUAUCUUCGUAAUACAGUUCUAGCAUGUGCAAUACAAUUUGGACUAACUAGCAGUUAUUAUACUUUAAUGGUAUGGUUUCCUGAAUUAUUUACAAGAUUUGACGAAUUUGAAAAAGAACAUCCAGGUGAAACUACAUCAGUGUGUAUCGUUUCUGCAUUGUCACCUAAUGACACUAAUACUGACCCUUAUGGCUGUCAUACAAUCAUUACUCCUGAUGUCUAUCUACAUACUGUUUAUAUCGGUCUUGCUUGUUUGCCAGGCUCAAUCAUACUUCCUAUCUUCAUUCAUAAAGUUGGAGCCAAAGUUUUUCUCAUCGUGUCAUUGAUAAUUUCUGGUGCGGUGACCAUUGGAUUUUACUACGUCGUCAAUGCCGAUCAAAAUCUCAUUCUUUCAUGUAUUUUUGAAGCUUUGACGUCUUUAGGAAUUUCUCUAGUCUACUGUGUGAUUGUAGAUAUGUUCCCAACAAAUCUCAGGGUAAUGGCAGCAGCGUUGUCAUUGACCAUGGGAAGAUUGGGAGCUCUUGUUGGAAAUCUAAUUUUUGGAUAUCUCAUUGAUCUUGCUUGUGUGGUACCUGUUGCCCUAUUUGCAUCAUUCUUAUUUAUGUGUGGAUUACUCUCCGUCUUAUUACCAAGAACUGUUUCUUAUUUUGAUUUAAACAUGACUAUUAAAGUAAUUUCGACUGAUUCUCAAUCACCUGAACGUGAUGCAGAAAUUGCAGUAGAAUUGGCUGGUUUUGGAAAAUUUAAUAUCAAAGUAGUGAUCGUUUGUGGUCUUAUUUUCAUGAAUACAGGAUUCAGUAUAAGUAGUGUAGGUUUGGUUCUUCCAUCUGCAGCAUGUGAUUUUAAUUUAACGACCAUUGAUAAAGGACGUAUUAGUGCUGCUCCAAUGCUUGGAAUGUUCGUUGGAGCGUACUUCUGGGGUUGUUUAGCAGAUAUUGAAGGACGAAAAGUAGCACUAGUAGUAGCAUUAUUCUGCCAUGGAAUCAUUGAAUUCAUAUCAUCUGUAAUUCCUAACUUUUGGGGAUACUUAGCUUUAAAAUUUCUCAGUGGUGUUGCGAUAAAUGGCCAAACUAAUAUUCUCUUCACUUAUCUUGGGGAAUUCCAAUCUGCAAAAAUGAGGGAAAGGAUUCUCUGUUGGAUGGAGAUGGCUUGGUCUCUUGGAUUAAUUGUUUUGCCAUUGGUUGGAUGGGUCAUCAUUCCUCUAAAAAUCGAUUUCGUGAGUGGCGUUUUCUUUUUCCGAUCAUGGAAUCUUUUUGUGGCAAUUUGUUCUAUUCCAUCUAUUAUGAUAGGAUUAUGGCUUCUUACUUUUCCCGAAACUCCUAAAUAUCUUGCAGAAGUUGGAAAAGAUACCAGAUUUUCUAGUGCAUUGGAACGAAUGUAUAAAGAAAAUUCAGGAAAAUCGUUUGAGGAUUAUCUGGAAAAAGUGGCAAAAAGCGGCUGUGAAAGUCUGAACACUCGAUUAAAAUCAGUACAAACAGCUACAAACGAGGGUCGACGCAUUACAAGAACUGACCAAUCAGUCGCUAUAGUUAAAGGCAUUUAUUCACAGUCAUUGACAUUAAUCAAACCUCCUUAUUUAUUAAAGACGUCAAUUACAUGUUCUUUAAUGUUCUGUAUUGCUUCUUCAUAUUAUGCACUCAUGCUCUGGUUUCCCGAACUUUUUCAAAGGUUUGCUCGCUUUGAAAAUGAUUAUCCUGGAGAAUCUACUAGUGUUUGCAAAAUUUCACAAUAUCAGUUAACAACUAAUGCUACGAUUCCAGAAAGUACUGAAUGCGUGUCAGAGAUUCCAACAGAAGUUUAUGUGCAUACAUUAAUUCUAGGAGUAGCAUGUGUACCUUUAAGCAUGAUUUUGCCAUUGUUUGUCAACAAACUUGGUUACAAAUUUUAUUUAGUUAUAUCAUGUUUCCUAGCUUCAGGAGCAACCGUUGGAUUAUUUUUUGUUAAAAAUUCUUUACAAAAUCUUAUCCUUUCAUGUAUAUUCGAAGCUUUCUCAUCUGUAGGAUUGAGUAUUGUGCUUUGUAUAGUGGUAGAUCUCUACCCAACGAACUUAAGGUCAAUGGCAGCUGCACUUUGUAGCGCAUUUGCACGCUUAGGUGGAUUAAUUGGCAAUUCGUUAUUUGGAUAUUUAAUUGAUGCAAAUUGUAUGACAUUAAUUAUCAUGAUUGCAGUACAAUUAUUGAUUUGUGGUAUCCUAGGCUUAUUGGUUCCACUAAAAAAGAAAACGAGGAAUGUAAUGAAAUCUUCAAUUGCAUCAUAGGUACCAAAUUCAUUAUUUCACUCAUCUUAUCAUUUCCAUUCAUUACUAAAUAUAAGACUAGUGUUAUAAAAUACUUCUAGAGAAUUAUCUUAUAUGUUUAAGCAACUAUAG